AGGAUUGGCGCCGCUUAGCUGCUAUUUUGAACAUAAAUACAAUCCGCGUAGGCCUCACAGUUUUCUGUCCCACAUACACGUAGCCUGUCAGCCAGUCGGACCGCUGUCGCUCAGCUCUCCGACACAAACACACACAGCGAUGCGGGAUUUGUAGUAAGAAAGCCUAAAAGCAGGGCUCAGCUCGCACGGAGGGGGUCGACUCAGAACAGAACAUCGCGUCGACGUUUCGGGUGGUUUUCUGGGGCUCGGAUGAUCUUUUGAGCUCGUCUUCCGGGUCGACCUUAAGGUCUGGACCACCUCGCAUUCCCCUGUACCGACAAAGCCCGUAUUGUUUUUUCCCGACCGCGCUUACAGCAUCCGUGGGAUUCGACCAAUACUCCUAGAAAUGGAUUCGGACCUCAACACGAGUCCGGUCGGUACCCCGGGGAACCGCAGGCCCGACCACCUGCCCGGGUUCGCCACCAUGAGCGACCAGAACACAAAGACCUGCACCAAGAACCUCUUCUUCAGCCCCUCCACCGCCGUCCUCUCCCCCGUCACCAACCUGGCCUUCACUAUGGAUCAUCUAGGAGGGCUUGGCGGGUUGUGUGACACACCGAAGAGGGACAGACCCGGACCCCUGAUGAAGGUCCCCUCGUUCGCCUCUGACGUCUCCUCUGACGCCGGUCUUUGCAUGGACUCCCCAAGCCCCAUGGACGCCCUAGAUAUGGAGGAGACGUUUGAAAGGGCCAUCCAGAAGUCCAGCAACGUCAUCAACGGGAAGAUGCCCAUUCGCAGAAUCCAGUCGUUGCCUGUCCAGUUCCUCAGCUUCAGCCCAGAGCUGCGGGGGCAGGCGCCCGACCCCAAGCGCUUCGGGGUGUUCGCCCCGCUGACGCCCGGCGACGGCCACCCUGAGAAGGAGAACAUCCCAGAGCAGGAGGGCUUUGAGUUCAAGAAGCCCAACAGGCCAGUGUCCCGCUGCCGCGCCCGCUCCACCCACGGCGUCCAGUUCAAGGAGGCCUUCGCCCGCCGCCCCAACUCCGCCCCCGAACUCAUGCUCUCCCCCACCCUGCCCCAGCGCCUGGAGUCCCCCGGCUAUGACUCCAGCCCCGUGUUCGUGCGCCGCACCUCCCUGGCGGGCUCCGCCGGUAACCACGACUACGAGGAGGACGACGGCUUCCUGGACGUGUACGACGAGAGCGCCGAGGGCGACGUGGGCAUGCCUCUCGGGAUGGCCAGCCUGCUGACGGCGCCGCUGGUGGCUGACAAAAUGGCGGACGACUCGCCUGUGAUUCGCUGUCGGCCGCGCGGCCUGUUCCGCUCCCCCUCCAUGCCGAGCCCCGUGUCCCGCCACUCGGGGGCCAGGCUCCCCGUGAAGCGGUCCGAGUGUCCGCGGGACGAGUACACGCCCGUCUGUGUCAAGAGGAGGCGGAGCCUGGCGGCCAGCCCCGACGCAGAGUCGCCCCGCAUGACCGGACUGCUCCAGAGGUCCAAGUCCUUCUGCCAGACCUCGGACAUCGAGAGACUGCUGGACGAGCAGGACUCCUCCACUGACCUCAUCGGAGACUUCACCAAGGCCCUGGCCAUGCCCAUCGUUGAUGGGAAGCACCAGGACCUGAAGUACAUCACCCCAGAAACGAUGGCGAUGGCGAUAAGCGGCCAGUUUAGCGAGCUGGUGGAGCAUCUGAUCGUCAUCGAUUGCCGCUACCCGUACGAGUUUGAGGGCGGCCACAUCAAGGGGGCACUGAACUUCCACCAGGAGGAGCAGGUGGAGGAAUUCCUGCUGCGCGUGCCCCUGGCGUCCCUCUCCGCGGAGCGCCGCGUGCUGGUGGUGUUCCACUGCGAGUUCUCCUCGGAGCGGGGGCCCCGCAUGUGCCGCUUCGUGCGGGAGCGCGACCGCACGCUCAACGAGUACCCCAAGCUGCACUACCCCGAGCUCUACAUCCUCAAGGGCGGCUACAAGGACUUCUUCCCCGACCACCAGGAGCAGUGCGAGCCUCAGGCCUACCGGCCCAUGCACCACGAGGACUUCAAGGACGACCUGCGACGCUUCCGCCUGCGCAGCCGCACCUGGGCCGGCGAGCGCAGCAAGCGGGAGCUGUACAGCCGCCUCAAGAAGCUAUGAGCCGCCGCCGCCGCCGUUGCGCAACAUCAGCUACCACUAACUCCUCCCACGGCCGGCCUCCACCAAUCCAACUGCCACUUUUUGGAUUUCCCGGCAAAAGUUGCUAAACUAUAGCAAGAUUAUAUAUUUUUUUGAUUUGUACGUAAAAAAAUUAGGGGUACACCCUGAGGAUUUGACCCUCGCACCCUAGAGGAGUUCCUCGGGUACCCUGUCUGUGUGUGUAUGUGUGUAGCUUUUACUUUUUUUUUUUUUAAGGCGACGUGUUUUAUAGAUAUAUAUAUUUCUCUAACCACAGGGUCCUACUGGUCGUACAAUCCCUGCCGAGAUCACGAGAAUCUGCCAUUUCAAACCAACACUGCUAAUCUACCCCCCAACCCCCCCCCCCCAAUUUCAAACCAACACUGCCAACCACACCCCUUCCAUUUCUUUACCAAACUAAAAUUGCAGAGAUAUCGUAGUUCAGUCUUUUUAAUAGUUUUGUUUUAAUUGUACAUUUUCCCUCCUAUUUAAGCACUUAAUUUAAACACCAUGGCUUUUUGUCUAACGCCACAAUGCUAAAUUGAAAACAAUGACUCAAUUUUUCCACCGGAUGUCCCGACUUGGGUUUGAAGCAGAACUUCUGGUCCAUUGAGACCCUUUUGUAAGGCCAGCUAAGCUACAUGAACUUUGUAGUAAUUUUGUCAUCUUUUUUUGUUUUAAAUGCUGCGGGUCGGCAAGCAGUGAGUUGGUCUCUGAAUGUGACCUUGUUCUGCUCUGACAGCCGUGUUGCCAGAUUGGGCCAGAUAUCCCGCACAAUCUGGCAACACGGUCUGGCAGCCGCGUUGGUGUUUUGAGGUCGUUUCCCCGCCUCCCUGUGAUGUGUUGGUGUUCUGGUGCCAUUAAAGAUCCACGGUCUUUUA